UGUCCCCCCGUCCCCCCCGUCCCCCCCGUCCCCCCGUCCCCCUGCAGCCACAGAGACCUGAAGCCAGAGAACUUGUUGUUAGAUGAGAAGAAUAACAUCAGAAUAGCCGACUUCGGCAUGGCGUCUCUGCAGGUCGGGGACAGUCUGCUGGAGACCAGCUGUGGAUCUCCGCACUACGCCUGCCCGGAGGUCAUCAGGGGAGAGAAAUACGACGGGAGGAAAGCAGACGCAUGGAGCUGCGGAGUCAUCCUGUUUGCACUUUUAGUGGGCGCACUGCCGUUCGACGACGACAACCUGAGGAACCUCCUGGAGAAGGUGAAGCUGGGGGUUUUCCACAUGCCGCACUUCAUCCCUCCGGACUGCCAGAACCUCCUGCGGGGGAUGAUCGAGGUGGACGCCGCCAAGCGCCUGACGCUAGAGCAGAUCCAGAAGCACACGUGGUAUCUAGCUGGGAAAAACGAGCCGGAGCCGGAGCAGCCGGUUCCCAGGAAGGUGUCCAUCAGGAUGCUGGGCGCGCCGGAGGAGAUCGACCCGGACGUCCUGGAGAGCAUGCACUCCCUGGGCUGCUUCAGGGACAAGGACAAGCUGACCAAAGACCUGCUGUCUGAGGAUGACAACCAGGAGAAGAUGAUCUACUUCCUGCUGCUGGACCGGAAGGAGAGAUACCCGAGCCACGAGGACCAGAACCUGCCGCCGCGCAACGAGAUCGCAGAUCCUCCCAGGAAGCGCGUGGACUCGCCCAUGCUGAGCCGCCACGGCAAGCGGCGACCAGAGAGGAAGUCCAUGGAGGUUCUGACCGUCACAGAGGGGGGGUCGCCCGUCCCGGUGCGGCGAGCCAUCGACAUGGCAACCCACGGUCAGAGGUCGCGGUCGAUCAGCGGAGCGUCCUCCGGUCUGUCCACCAGCCCCCUCAGCAGCCCCAGGCCCCACCGCCGGUUUUUCGUCCCGCCCCAGUCCCCCGAUCUGUGUCAGUCCCCGAACUGCAGCCCUACGCACCUGAACGGGGUGGGGCCCCGCGCACCCUACCAGCCAAAGAUGGGGUCCCCCCUCAUGCACCCCCGCACGCAGACCCUCCCCGCCAAGCCCAAAGUGUCAGAGAAGCCCCUGCAGACCACCAGGUCCAACCCGCUGCCCCACACGGCCCAGACCCCCGGCGCCCCCAAACCCGAGCCGUCCACGGCGAGCCAGCCCCUGGCCCCCAGCAGCCCGCGGACCAGACGCCACCCUCCCCUCACCGUCCCCCCCAAGCUGUCCAUCCCGCUGUCCCCGGUGCCCCCCCUGUCCCCGCUCCGCCGCCACCUCCACCCUGACCACAACGCCAAAUCUGUCCCCAUCACGCAGGUAACCCCCCACCCCUCCCCCAGGGGGAGUCCCCUCCCCACCCCGAAGGGCACGCCGGUGCACACGCCCAAGGACAGCCCGGCCGGCACGCCGAGCCCCACGCCGCCGCCGAGCCCAUCCAUCGGCGGGAUGCCCUGGAGGACGCGCCUCAACUCCAUCAAGAACAGCUUCCUGGGCUCGCCGCGCUUCCACCGCAGGAAAAUGCAAGUUCCCACCCAGGAGGACAUGUCCAGCCUGACCCCAGACUCGUCUCCAGAGCUGGCUAAGAAGUCGUGGUUUGGGAACUUCAUCAACCUGGAGAAAGAGGAGCAGAUCUUCAUCGUGAUCCGGGACAAACCUCUGAGCUCCAUCAAGGCCGACAUCGUUCACGCCUUCCUGUCUAUCCCCAGCCUGAGCCACAGCGUCAUUUCUCAGACCAGCUUCAGGGCCGAGUACAAAUCCACGGCCGGUCCCACGGUUUUCCAGAAGCCGGUCAAGUUCCAGGUGGACAUCACCUACACGGAGAGCAGCGGCGCCACCAAGGAGAACGGCAUCUACUCCGUCACCUUCACCCUGCUGUCAGGUCCAAGUCGGCGUUUCAAGCGCGUGGUGGAAACCAUCCAGGCGCAGCUGCUCAGCUCCAACGACCAGCCGGGCAUCCAGCCGCAGAUAUCCGACGCCUCCCAGCGCUCAGCCAGUAAAUCCUCCAAACGCGGCAGCCCGUUGAGUAACUUCUUUGACGUAAUUAAACAGCUUUUUUCAGACGAGAAGAACAUCCAGGCGUCGCACUCCCCAGGCGCCCCUACCUCGACUAGCUCCCCCACCAAGCAUGCCCCCGGCAGCAGGCCCAGCCAGACCCCGCCCAAUGACUCUAAAUGCCCCCCAGGCAAAGACAAAACAAAGAUGGCCGCCAGCAGCAGGACACAGGAGCACCCUUAAGGAGCAGUAGCUGUGCAUGACUAGAUGAGAAGCAGGAAUCAGGUCAUUAAGAAGCAGAGAGCUGCUAACUUUGCCCUUUAGCCCCAAGUUAAAAAAAAAAAUCUACUUUUUGCCUAUAAAUUUUGUACUGUAUAAUGGGAAUGGCUCAGUUUAAAAGUCAAUCAGUAUUUUAAGAACUAGUAGCAAAUGUAGCUUUGCUGUCCCUCCUUGUGUCCCUCUGUGUCCUCCUCACAUGUGUGAUGGCUUGACUUGUCUCUGCCACCAGGGAUCAUCCAUAAUAGCUAUUAACCUCGACGGCUCCUCAGCUGCAGCCCGCCGCCGCCGCCGAACCGAGCCCGACGCUGAGGGAAGGCGGAGCAUCCCUUUUUGAUUCGCCCAACAUUACCAAACGCAGACCAUCUCAGAAGAGUUUAAAAA